AUGGGUAGCGGCUUCGUCGGCUGGGGCCCGCUCCUCGCCCGCUUCCUGCUGCAAUGCGCGGCGCAGGGGGACGCCGCCCGCGGGAGAUCCCUCCACGCCUGUGCCAUCAAGAUCGGCUCGUCGGCCGGAAGCUACAUCGGCAACGCCCUUGUCAGCCUCUACGAGAAGUGCGAGCUCAUGCCGGACGCGAGGCGCUCUCUCGAGGAGAUAGCGGAGAGGGACGCCGCCUCCUGGAACUGCUUGAUCAACAGCCUCGCCCGGCGGGGGGCCUCGGGUUCCGCCGCGGCCAUCGAGCUUUUCCGGAGGAUGAGGGCCGAGGGCGGCGGGGCCGCCGCGCUUCCCAAUUCCUUCACCUUCGCGGGGGUGUUCACAGCCGCAGCGCAGGCACCGGAGUCGGCCGCGGGCCUCGAGGCCCACUCGCUAGCGAUCAAGAUCACGGGCCGCGGAGACGUCUUUGUGGGGAGCUCCCUGGUGAACAUGUACUGUAAGCUGGGGCUCAUCUGUGACGCCCGCAAGGUGUUCGACAGAAUGCCGCAUACGAAUUCCGUCACCUGGGCGGCCAUGAUCUCGGGAUAUGCCGCGCAAAAAUCUGGAGAGGAGGCGUUCUCCCUGUUCAAACUGAUGCUGGAGGAAGCCGAGUGCCGCCCGAACGAGUUCGUAAUGACCAGCGUCCUCAGCGCCGUGGCUCACCCCGAGUUCUCCGGCAAGGAGGGCAGGCAAAUCCACUGCCUGGCGACCAAAAACGGACUCUUCUCCUUCAUCUCCGUGAGGAAUUCCCUUCUAACGAUGUAUACCAAAUGUGGGCAGACGCAGGAUGCAGUCCAGCUCUUCGAAUCGUCUGACAGCUUGAACUCGAUCACAUGGUCGGCGAUGAUCACCGGCCACGCCCAGAAUGGGAGUCCCGAGGAGGCCCUGAGCUUGUUCUCUAGAAUGCAUUCCUCCGGGUUCAGACCCAGUGAGUUCACCUUUGUGGGUUCCCUGAAUGCCUGCAGCGACGAGACUGCAUUAGCCAAAGGAAGGCAAGUCCACGCAUAUCUCCUGAAGCUGGGUUUCGAAUCACAAAUAUACACAAAGAGCGCGUUAGUCGACAUGUAUGCUAAAAGUGGCAAUCUCGACGAUGCCCGGAGAGGAUUCAAUCAAAUACAGGAGCCUGAUGUCGUGCUGUGGACUACAAUGAUCGGGGGAUAUGCCCAGAACGGAGAAAAUGAUGAGGCCCUAAGCCUGUACCGGAAGAUGGAGCUAACAGGAGUUGCCCCCAAUGAUCUUACCAUGGCCAGCAUCCUUAGGGUUUGUUCAUCUCUCCCUUCCUUGGAUUUGGGGAGGCAAAUCCAGGCGCGCAUUCAUAAAUCUGGUUUCGGUUUGGAAGUUCCAAUAGGAAGUGCACUGAUAACAUUUUAUGCGAAAUGUGGGGACGUUAGAGAUUGUUAUGAUAUCUUCAGGAGGAUGCCCAGGAGGGAUGUUGUGGCUUGGAACUCCCUCAUAUCGGGUUUCUCUCAUAAUGGGCAGGGCGGCACCGCUCUAGAACUCUUUGAUGCUAUGACGUCAGAGGGCAUAGAGCCAGACCAUGUGACAUUUGUCAAUAUCCUGUCUGCAUGCAGCCACAUGGGAUUGGUGGAGAGAGGGUGGGGUUACCUCAGGUCAAUGCAGGAGGAUCAUGGGUUGACCCCAAUGGUGGAACACUACGCUUGCAUGGUUGACAUCCUCGGCCGCGCAGGAAAUCUUGAAGAAGCAAAGAAUCUGAUAGAGUCUGUUCCAAUCAAUCACGGGGCAUGCUUGUGGAGGAUUCUUCUGGGAGCGUGUAGAAAUCACCAGAACUUUGGGAUUGGAGCUCACGCUGGGGAGAAGGUGAUGGAGCUGGGAUCUCGAGACUCUUCAGCUUAUGUUCUCUUGUCGAGCAUUUACGCCGCCUCUGGCAAAUGGCAAGACAUGGAACGAGUUAGAAGGAGAAUGAGGCUCCUCGGGGUGAAUAAGGAGCCAGGCUGUAGUUGGGUUGAAUUCAAGAACAAGGUUCAUGUCUUUGUUGUUGGGGAUGAUCAGCAUCCAGAUAUAGAGGAAAUACAGACAGAAAUAAGAAGACUAGCCAAACACAUGAGGGAUGAGGAUUACCUACAUUCUUGGGAGCCCCACUUUCGUUCCUUAACAGAAGUUGAUGAUCAAGUAGAGUCAGGUGACUUGGAAGAUAAUCUGUACUACUUUUCUGAAUCACUUGGGUAG